AUGCGUGCUCUCAAACCAACCUCCUUGCUCUCUGUGCCUUGCCCCGUCCAUCACACGUGUGCGUCAUGCUGCUCCAUGCCGCUGUGCUGCCAUGCCGCCAUGCCACCAUGCCACCAUGCCGCCAUGCUGCCAUACCCCCGUGCCGCCAUGGCAGGAGUGCGACUUCGCGUUCAACGGCUCUCUGGCCCUCGUGCCGUUCUACCUGCUGCUCACCAUGCGCCCCUCGCAGCCCUUCUCCGACUCGCUGCUGUUCUACAAGGGGAGCGCGGCCACUCGUGUCCGCCCUUUGACCUGGUCAACAGCGCCGGCAUGAAGCUCGUCGUGCGAGGCGCGUCCCCCAAGCGGCAGCAGUACUCGGGCACGUGCUUCAUAGUGGAGUUUGAGUCGCUGCUCAUCAAGAUGGGGCUGGGCCGCAACAACAUCGCCAAGCUCACCACCCGCGACGACAACCCACAGUUCCCAGAGAAUCGCAGGUGUGCAGUCUUCCGGGUGGUGUGA